AUGCCGUCAUACUCUGCACUUGGAGAACCAACCCUGUUGAACAAGACACCUACCCCACUUACAAAAAGACACAGAUGGCUUAAGACCAGGAUUCAGUACUACAGAAACACUUCUGCGUCAUACAACAUUACUACUACCGCCAUACUAGUUUGUGGAGAUGUGCAUCCUAACCUAGGACCGACGCCGAUUAAGUAAAGUGGGACAAAACUGAAUUGUUUACGGACCUUGUAUUUAAACGCACGAAAUCUAAAGGCAGUCGUAGAAUCACCCGACGAUGGCGGUAAGAGAAUCCCUAAGCUGAACAUAUUUCAAAACCUUGUUUACCUGGAACAGUAUGAUAUUAUCUGUGUUUGUGAGACGUGGCUAAAUGACCUGAUACUCGAUAACGAAAUCCUACCUGGUUACACCAUCCACAGAAAAGAUCGUCACGAUAACGCGAGAGGUGGUGAAGUUCUUGUCGCUGUAAAGAACGAACUUCGCUCAUUUAGAAGAGCGUCAUUUGAAGGAGCUCAAAGUGAAUUAAUAAUGAUUGAACUUUAUCCCGCCAAUUGUUCAAAAUUCAUUCUAGGAGUUUUCUAUAGACCACCAAACUCUGAUGACGAUAUAUUAACGGAAUUGAAAGCUUCUCUUGAUCGUUUAAAUGAGUCAUGUCAGCUUGUUCUGGUCGGUGAUUUCAAUCUACCUAACAUUGAUUGGUCAUUGGAUUCCCCUUCUCCAAAUUCUGAAAGCGGUUUCAAAGAAGAGCUUUUCUGCGAGAUUAUUACAGACCAGUUCCUGCAUCAAAUGGCCAAUGGUCCGACACAUCUGCGUGGGAAUAAACUGGACUGUGUUUUCUGCAAUAUUCCGGAGCUCAUCACCAACGUCAACUGUAUAAAUCCAACUAAUCUAUUUCCAUCUGAUCAUUACCUUAUCGAAUUCGACAUCAAACUUUGUUUUCAAAGAGCAAAAGCGGUAAGACGAACAAUAUACGACUUUAAAAACGCAAAUUUCAAUGCUGUCAGACAACAUCUCCUGUCCGUCCUCUCUACUCCGCCAUAGUUCAUCUUUCGGAUGUAGAUGAAUGCUGGGAAGUUUGGAAAGACCUGUUUCUUAAGACCAUAGAUCAAUUCGUACCUAAAAAGACAGUUCUAGACAUCAAUACACCACCAUGGAUAGAUCGUGAAGUAAAGCAUCUAAUAAAUAAGAAAUAUACAGCCCUCCGGCAAUAUCGGCAGAAAAGAACAGAAGUUAGAAAACGCAAAUUACGACAAUUGACACAAGAAACCAAAGAUUUGAUUAAAGUUAAGCGACAGCAGCAUCUGGAAAGAGUUCAAGGUUCGCUCACACAUUCACCAAAGUUAUUCUGGUCCUACCAUAAACAUAUUCUCCGCAGUAGGAAUGCUCCAUCAUCCAACACCUAUAACACCGUAACUGCAUCAACGCCGAACAAAAAGGCUGAAAUUUUUAACGAAUACUUCGCCUCUGUUUUCCUUCCAAAGUCCACAAUAAAGAACAUAAACCUGGACUGUAUGAAUCCAAAAACGUGUGAGGAAAUAUCUAGUAUUGAAAUUUCGGAAUGCGAAGUAGAGCGUUACCUUAACAACUUGGACACAUCAAAAGCUUAUGGUCCCGAUGGAAUACCACCACGUCUACUUAAAGAAUGCUCUAAGAAAAUAUCAUCAAGCCUCUGCAGUUUGUUCAACAAAUCCAAUAGAAACAGGUCGCGUUCCAAGAGAGUGGAAGAAAGCAAAUGUGAUACCAAUUCACAAGAAGGACUGUGUCGAACCGGUGACAAACUAUCGACCUAUUUCUCUGCUGCCAGUUCUUGA